AAGCGACAUGUGUCAAACGCACUGCUACACGGCCAUCACUAGCUCACAUAGGGAAUAUAAAAAAAAUCAAGUGAAUUUUGUUUGACCGGUAAAGGGAAAAUCCAUUAUCAUGCAGAAGAAACCCAUCAAUGCCAACACCUUGCUGGACAAACUGCAUCGCGGCGCCGUCUACGCCUGCAUCGGAGUCACCCUCUACGGCACCUAUGUGCUAGGUAGCCGCUACUACCACUACUACACUGUGAUUCGCCCAGAGAAGCAGCAGGCGGAGCUGAAACUCCUUGACGAAGGCGCCCACGACAAGGCCAAAGAGCUGAAGUACUAGGCGAUUGCACAUAUUUCCUGAUAUUCUAUUUAAUGUCUGUUAAGCGUAAUAAAUUGUAAGGAAAUGUAAGCAUUUUCCACUUAAAUGGA